AUGCUCCUUUAUUCGAACGUCAUUAUGGACCAGAGAUUGUUCAAUAUUCUAUGUACGACGGAACGAAGACGAAUGACGGGAGGAUCCUAUAUCAUUCGAUGCCAAGAUUUCAAGGGAUUCGCAGAGCAUUGCACCAAAAAUGUUCGGGUUCACCUCUACUCCCAUGAUCAACUCAUCUUCAAACCAAAUGGUCCUAACAAUAAUACUGAUGGUUGGAAGAAGGACUUUAAUGCUACCGUCACUGUCAAAAUAGGAUUGGCACCCAAACCAAGAUUCGGAAAAUUGUUCAUGGAUGUAGUGGAUCGAUAUACCUCGUUUGAUGGGCUGGAUUCGCAAGUGGAAGUCAUUGUCCAGACGAAAUAUCACGCACAAGAUCAGUUUCCGAACCGUACGUAUCAUGUGGUGGAACAUUGGUACAACAGUUUCCCAGAAGACAUGCUGUCGAGUUCGGACAUUCCCAAGUUUGAACUACCAAAGAUUCAACCAGUUUCGAACAUGAAAAUGGCGACGGUAUGGACCAACAUGAAGCAGCUUUGCCCAACACUCUCGUUUGCCAACAAUUCGGAUGUCAAAUUUGAUUGCAUCAAUGAGAGAUUUGGAAUUGCAGGUUGGUACCAAAAGUAUUUCAAUAGGAGUACUGCAUCGUUUGAAAUGCAGCGAUUGGAUAAUCUCUUGCAGGACCCGAGGCAAGGUCCCGGUCGAAUCUACUAUGAGCUCUUUUGGAAGUACAAUCUUUUACUGGUUCCAGCCAAGACCGCCUUGCCCGAAAAGUUGCGCUAUGGAAAUGUGCAACGAGCGGUGAGUCAAAUGCGCAGCGGGGUUCCAGUACUACUUGAAAUCUACGGGGAAGUGUUGGAGGAUUUUAUGGAUAGAUACAACUACACUUGUGCCUACAAGAAUACUACUACUGCUACUACUACUGCUGCUGUUGCUGCUGCUGCUACUCAAAAGCACAAUGACGAGGGCGAUAGAUCGACAUCAGCGCGUAAGUACUGGACAUUGGAUGAAGCUGUCAUGGCAAUGAAAGAAAGCCCUGAGAUACGAAGAAAAUGUCAAAAAGAAGGCCUCGCUAUUGCUGCAGAUUACUCUCCGGCAAGCUUGGUGGAGCGUGAAUUACGAAUACUGGGCUAUGAUGGAGACUUUGAUUGCCCAUGA